CGUUCAUUGAUGUCCAACCCGGGUCAGUCGUCGGUAGCAUUGGGCACGAGCGGUGUUUUGCGGUGAUAUAUGUGAGCAAGCAUUAGGCGUAUUAGGCGUCAUCAACAGUGGUUUGAGCAUUUUGCUGGUGGUUGAGGCAGCCGAAUUGGGAGCAGUGAAUAAAUCGGAUUAGCAUAAGCAAUAAAAGUGCCACCAGUGUCGUCGGUUCGGAGUGAGUGAAGGACAUUGUUGUGUUUUGCUGCGAAAAAAAAACCCCAUAAACUCCAGGAAAAUGAAACUGUUCGGAAGUAGCAGCACGUUGCUGGUGAUGCUGAUCAUUGGAUUGGUGUGGAGUGAACAGCUGGAGGAGCAGGACAGCGACACCAACGAUCUGGAAACGGCAGAAUCGGCCUUCCACAUCGACCCAAAGACGGUGAUUUUCACCGGGCUGGCCGGUAUCGGGGCACUGGUGGUGAAGGGCUUGGCGCUGGGCAUUGGUGGCGGUAAGCUGCUUCUGCUGGCCAAACAUGCCGGCAACUCGCACAGCAGCUCCGGCUGGGACGAUUCCUCCAAGUCGUACUCAUCGCACCCGUCCUACCCGACGUACAAGUCGUACUCGAGCAGCUACUCGUCCUCGUACGAGGCGAAACCAACGUCGUACACUGGCAGCCUGAAGGUGUCCGGUUCGCUGACGCCGGUGAGUUCCAAAUCUUCGUCCGACUCGUCGAGCUCGUCCACGGCCGCACCGACCAAGACGAGCCUCUCGCUUGACGAUGGUGAUGAUGCACUGCCUGAAAACUGAGUUUCAAAAUUUCAGGUUCAUUAGCAGCGGGCUGGCUGGCUACUGCCUGGCGAACGGCGUUGUUGAGGCUGAGAGUAUCUCCUUUUUUUGGCGAACGUUGUGAGCAAAAUUCUGGACAGAUCAGGGCGUGGAAAGAAUAGGGGGGGGAAGGCGAUGCAAGGCAGGCGUUACAAAAGCCUAAACCAAACUAAAUCUGCUUUGUUUAGUAGUGCCUAUUUGUCUAAGGUUUACUAUUUUCUGGGGAAUAUACACCUAUUUAUAAGCUUUCAUCGAUCAUAUUGUGAUACUUUGCUCAUCUGAUUAAACCGGUUUCCAUUGUAUUAAGCAA